AUGGAUGUGACAAAGCAAUCGUUUAGCCAGCACCUACCUAGACUACUGAAUGACCUGGCCGAGUCCACUUUCGUUGCCCUAGACCUAGAGUUUUCUGGAAUCGUCGCAAGACAGUCUGGCCCUAGUCCCGGAAGCGAUCUGUGGGGAGAGAAACAAACUCUUCAGGAAAGAUACGAGGAAGUUAAAUAUGCAGCUGAGACCUAUCAAGUGUUGCAAAUUGGCUUGACCUUUGCAAGGGAGGACACGGAGACUGGUCAGAGUGAUCGUGUGCAGUUGACCAAACUUUGGGGGUUGAAAGACGAUGGUCGUAUCAAAGCCGUGUUUUUGAUGAAAAAUGGAUUCCGAAUGGAAGCACCGUUUGUAGAGGGGCUGCCAUAUCUGUCGCGCCUCGAGGAAAAACAAGCGAUGGCGAAAUUAGCAGAGAGUGAGCAUAGUAUCACAAAAAUUAUGGAUGUCAACCCCAAAGACAUGGACCCAGAAUCCCAAGCCUUUUUAACCCAGGUUCGCCGUCUUAUUGACGCUUGGAUUAACGAGACAGGAGAUAAGGAAGACUACCUCAACAUUCCGGAACCUUGUCCCCUAGAAAAUGGAAACACAGAAAGCCCAUUAGGAAGCUGGAGGUUCAGUCUAAACAGUUACCAAAAACGCUUGGUACAUCAGCUGGUUCGGGUAGAGUAUCCUUCGCUCGUCUCAAUCGGUCGACAAACAUUCGUACAAAUCAUUCCAUACGACAAACAGCGUGAGGAGAGCAUACGUGUUGAUAAAUCACGAGCUCUUCGAGAGCGGGUUAUCCAAAAAACGGGGUUUCGGUGGGUUGUUGAGGGCAUGGUUGGAGGUGGCCUCUCUGCAAUGGACCCAAGGGUUUUUCUUAGCUGUAUCUCAAAUCCCGCUCCAGUUAACACGAGCACGAGCGCCUUGUUGAGCUACUCUGACGACUUACAGUUGAAAUUAAAAUCAAGGCAGCCUGUGUUGGUUGGGCAUAACUUGUUCACUGACCUCAUUAACUUUUACAAAUGCUUCAUUGGGGACCUUCCGGAUCGCAUCGAAGAUUUCAAGAACGCUAUCCAUGCUUUAUUUCCCCUCGUUAUUGACACGAAAUAUAUGGCAACGCACAAUUGUUCAUCAAUGACACCCUCGUCGUCCCUGACAGAAAUUAACGACAAACUGGAGCAGAGGAGGACUCCAAGAAUACGUUCUGAUCAGGCUGGCUGCGGAGUUGUUGGGAGAAGGAACUAUUUCCAGCCCUUCCGCGCCUCCGAUUACUGA